AUGAAUGAAACUGAUGAUUCGAUGAAGCAUCUCGAGAUGCAGGGGUGGAAGAUGAAGGUGAAGCUGAAACACGGACGUCUUGGCGGACCGGGGGGCGAUGAGUCAGCAUCUCCAGCCCCUUUUACGGAGUUGGCGAGAUUAAAGACAGCGACACUCGACACCGAGUCGAAAGAGACCGCCUCGUGUGGAUCUAGCUGGAACCUCGAAUUUAUUCGGUGUCGUUCACCCCAAUUGACACUUCUGUCGCUUAAUUUGCUUUCUCCCCCUCCAAAGCAAGCUCUGUUCGCCGACCGCUCACGACCACCUAACACCCUGAAGCCAAGAACCCUUGCUUCAUCUUAA